UAUCCUGCCAACACAUGAUGCACAAGUUUAUCUCCCCUCAGCCCAAACUCUCAGGCGAGUGCUAGCUUUUUGCAGUGGGUGGUACUUGCACACACUUUUUGAGUAUUUUAGCAACAUAAGUUGUUAUAAUCGUGAUGAUAUUUGAAUAGAGAGACCAGCAGAGGGAGACAUGUCUCUUCAGAGGUUGAAAGUGCUCCUUUUCUUGGCUUUUUUCUUUGGAGCAGCAGGGUUUCUGUUCACGCUGCUCUCCUGGGGUACGGAGUACUGGCUGCUGGCUGCAGAGUCCUGCAGCCCAAMAGAAAACCAACAUGGAGGUGUGAGACUGGAGAAAACCAAUGUGAAGACUGCAGACGAUGCGAGGAUCUUCCAYGAGGGCUUGUUCAGACGCUGCUUCUUCAGAACCGUUAGCCCCGACUUUUCUAUGUGGGACUUUUGGAUCACAAACCAGCCACAUACUAAGGUCUGCCAGGCUGCUUACCUCUUCCCAUUUCCCGUCAAUAAACCAGUGUGGGCGGAACCUUAUGAACAGCCCUCUGCCAUUGUUUUCAGAACCUUCUGGAGCAUCUUCCAGGUCACAGCUGUGACAGCUCUUGUCAUUGGUGGAUUUCUUGUUAUAUGUGCUGCUCCACUCACCAAUCAGAAACUCUACAGAGUGGGCGGAGCCUUUYAUGUUUGUGGAGGUCUGUGUCUGAUGGCUGUCGUGGUGAUGUAUCUGAUGUGGGUCCAGGUCCUGGACACUCUGGAGCAGUUUGCCCUCCAUCACAGGGCCUCUGUAUGCCCAUCCUACCACCUCAGUGUUCAGCACGGUCCGUCCUUYCUCCUGGCUCCAGUAGGGGUCUUCCUCUCUCUGCUGGCCGGUCUCCUCUUCAUGCUUGUGGGCCAAAGCAGUCAGGCGAUGGAGGUGGAUCAAGCAGAGAAAAUCCCUGAACCUUCAACAACCGAACUGUGAUAACAGUUGAUCUGUUCAACAUCUGAAGGAACAGGUGUCACAAGGACGAUGCACAGAAGUUGGGUUUGUUUAUCAAAAGUAAACCGGUAGAUGAGAAAUAUGUGCUCACUUCAAAUCCAGGCCCAGCUAUGUUAGGCUACAUUCACACUGCAUGUUAAUGCAACCAAAAUUCAUCUUUUUUUGCUCUUUUGUAACCUAUUGACGAAAUUUAUUGGGGUUUGUUUACUUACUGAUUUUUAAAAGCGCCACACAUUAUGUAGUUUUUCUUAGGUGAAACAUGAUAUAUUUUUUAUAAACUAUUGUGUGAAUAUUUUCUGAUUUAAAAUGAUUUUAUGUACAAACUGGUCUGGAUGGCUAGACAACAUGGUCACUCGGAGCAGGAGUUACAUUAGUUAGAUACAUGCCUGAAAACAUUUACAACACAAAUGUUUUACAUUAGAACUCAGUUUUCUCUGUUGUCGAAGGUUUCUGGUCACAUGAUGGGGAGUACCUCCAUCGRUGUGACAGCUUGUCUCUAGGGAGUGGCCAGAACCUAAAGGAGUUAAGAUGCUGAAACUUCCUGCCUGGGUCAAUCCAUGACUGAUUAAAUAGCUGAGGCUAUUAGCCUAGCUGUAGUCUG